AUGCCCAAACUGCCGGCUAGACAAACCGCAUCCUCACUGGUUGGUCGUACCAACAUCCGACCAAAAGUACUCGCCAAGUCGAAAGUCGCAAAACUCCCACUGAAUCCUUGUUCCGUUAGCCUGACCGAUGUAUUUGGAGGGGCAAACAAAAGGGCAGAGACCAUAGAACACAAUCUUCUUAAUCUCAGUAGCCACAUUUCUUUGAUUGAUACGACCCUAUCCAAGCUAAUUCCGCUCACGUAUAUCUCUGACCCCCCAACAAAUCCGUCAACCCUAGACCUAGUCACGGCUGGGCGUUUCAUAGACGCCAUUGCCUCAGAAAUAGUUCGAAGAAUCAGUAACUCAAAAAAUGCUGUGGUAUUUAAUAUUCCCGACAGAAUCCCUGUUGAGAAAGUAAAACAUAACCUUCUAAGUUCUAUUAAUAUGGCACACCACCCCUGCCAGUGCUUUCGGCUACGAAAGAACAUUCAACGCAAAUCCUGUCCAGUGUUGUUCAAAUUUCUUGAAGAGGAACCCGCUAAACAAUUCAUUAAGAGCCAAUCCACCGUCGCUUUGAGAUCCCCGUUCAAGAAAAUUAAAAUUGCUGCCGACAAAACCCCAUUACAAAGGGAAUUCGCCAGGUCCACCAGCACGCAUUCAGCUUCGUCAAAAAUUGUCCGCCCUCAACUAUCCGCUUCUUCUCAGUCUGACGAUGCGCAAAAUGCAUGCAAUAUCAAUUCGGCUUCAUGUUCACCAGAACAUCGAUCCCAUAUGUUUGACGUCGAUUUAGAUAUAUCCAGUUCAACGUCACCUCACCAGCCAGCGCCUAAGAAACCAAGAAGCAUAGAGUUUACCCCGGGCAAGCUGUCCUCUCUUGAGCUGACUAACUCGAUUCCACCAUUACCUAUCACCGAAAUAUCGGCCACGAUCGAUGACGAUGCGAACCGCCUAACUGGCUUAACAGCCAUACCCAGAAAUCCUCAACCCAUCAGCGGAGUCACCCCAAAUUCUUCUUUGCCAUCUCUCCACUCGGCUCCAAUAGCCACUCGGCAAUCUACGGUGCCUAGGCCAUCCCCCAAACCAGCGAAAACAUCAUUACUAGGUGGACUGCACGCUGUUGACACUACGGUCAAUCCUAACUCACUCAUCAAGCCACACUCUCAACGGCUAAGGACCCCAAGCGAGGCAACACGGAGUGCAACAAUGGACAAGAAAACGUCAUUCAAGACCUAUCUCCCCAAUCCAAACCACCAACCACUAGUUGCACCGUACAUUCCACCCAGUAUCGCGUUCUCUUCACCUGGUUAUCAUCCUCAUCAGGCUGGUACAACUAACCUCCGGGCCUCUUCAACAACGCCACCAUUCAUACCAAACGAUUACUUUAGUGUUCUACAUAACUUCUAUCGUAGCCUAAGUAAUAUUUUCUCACAUGAAUCUCUUUCCUUUUAUCGUUCACAUAUCUCACCCACCCUGAAUCCCUUUUCUACCGCAGGCCACUUACAACAGUACCCACGACCUCCCAGUCUCUACGCCAACCAACACCCGUAUAUCCCACUUCCAUUUCACAUUCCCCCUCCAGGUUACAGCCCAUCAAAUUACUGA